GGCGGAAGGCUGGGCCAGCGGGCGGGGACUGGGAAGGCCGCGAGGCCCGGCGAGGUCGAGGAUCGGAGGUUACGGGUCCGAGGCCCGGCACGAGAACUUCCCGACCGUCGGAGCUCUUGGCCCCGGGUGGGCGCCGGGGGGCACUCACACGCCCCCUCGUGCGCGAGGACAAGAAACCCGCGAUCGAUAGACAGGAGGCGCCUGCCGAUCCUCAGGUCGGGGGCACCGACGGCGCGAGCGUUUACGGAGCCCGCUUGCUUGCUCGGAUGGGCCAGCGUCGGUCUCCAUGUUCUGGGAGAAGCAAAGGCUCGGAAGGGUGAAGUGAUCUCCCCAGUGCUGAAAGCUGGAGCCUUGCAGAUCAGCGCUUCCACGUCGGUGGCAAGUGAAGUUGAGCAACGAAAGAGUUUAAUGUCUUUGGAAGAAAAAUGAAGUCGUUUUUGCCCUGGUGUUGAGGGAAGAGGCAGAGCCCAAAGGGGACCUGCUAACAUUCUGCAGCUGGAGCUGCCAACCACUUGCAACUGAAACGCUGCAGAAGGGGAAGCAGAGGGUGAAGGCCAGGUCCUGUGUGGGCUGAUGGCCAGCAGACGACUGUAUCUGCACUGGGUGCUGCCUUUGUUCUGGGUGCUGCUGAUGGUGGAGACACUGUCCGGGGCCUAUGGCCCACCUGCAGGGGCCCACACCAGCCUUCCAUUUCCAGCCUCAGGUGUGAACCAGACCCCUGUGAUAGAUUGUCGUGAUGUGUGUGGCCUGAACGCCUCUGACCGCUGUGACUUCAUCCGGACCAACCCCGACUGCCGCAGCGAGGGGGGCUACCUGGACUACCUGGAAGGCAUCUUCUGCCACUUCCCCCCCAGGCUCCUCCCUCUGGCUGUCACCCUCUAUGCUUUCUGGCUGCUUUACCUGUUUCUGAUUCUGGGAGUCACUGCAGAGAAGUUUUUCUGCCCGAACUUGUCGGCUAUCUCCACCACACUCAAGCUCUCCCACAAUGUGGCUGGUGUCACCUUCCUGGCGUUUGGGAACGGGGCGCCCGAUAUCUUCAGCGCCCUGGUGGCCUUCUCGGACCCACACACAGCUGGCCUGGCCUUCGGGGCACUGUUCGGUGCGGGCGUGCUGGUGACCACCGUGGUGGCGGGCGGCAUUGCCAUCCUGCGCCCCUUCGCGACAGCCUCCAGGCCCUUCCUCAGAGACAUCAUAUUCUACAUGGUGGCCGUGUUCCUGACCUUCACCGCACUCUACCGUGGCAGGGUCACGCUGGCAUGGGCCCUGGGUUACCUAGGCUUGUACGCAUUCUACGUGGUCACCGUGGUUCUCUGCACCUGGAUCUACCGAUGGCAGCGGAGGCGGUCCCUGGUCUACUCGACGCCAGCCACUCCAGAGAUGCUCUCGGAUUCCGAGGAGGAGGAUCGGGUAUCUUCCACUACCACCAGCUAUGACUACCGGGAAGAGUACCAGCCGCUGUUGUUCUACCAGGCGACCACGGCUCAGAUCCUGGUCCAGGCCCUCAACCCCCUGGACUGCAGGAAGUGGAAGAACAAGCCUGUAUACUGGAGAGUCCUCAAGGUGCUCAAGCUGCCCGUGGAGGUCCUGCUGCUCCUCACCGUCCCCCUCGUGGACCCGGACAGGGAAGACAGGAACUGGAAACGGCCCCUCAACUGCCUGCACCUGGUGAUCAGUCCGCUGGUCUUGGUCCUGACCCUGCAGUCGGGGGCCUACGGCGUCUACGAGAUAGGCGGCCUCUUUCCUGUCUGGGGCAUAGUGGUGAUCGCGGGCACGGCCUUGGCAGCAGUGACCUUUUUUGCCACAUCCAACAGCGAGCCCCCCAGACUUCACUGGAUCUUUGCCUUCCUAGGGUUCCUGACCAGCGCUCUGUGGAUCAACGCAGCCGCCACUGAGGUGGUCAACGUCUUGCGGUCCCUGGGCGUGGUCUUCCGGCUGAGCAACACCGUCCUGGGACUCACACUGCUGGCCUGGGGGAACAGCAUCGGAGAUGCCUUCUCCGAUUUCACGCUGGCCCGCCAGGGCUACCCCCGGAUGGCGUUCUCGGCCUGUUUCGGUGGCAUCAUUUUCAAUGUCCUGGUGGGAGUGGGCCUGGGCUGCCUGCUCCAGAUCUCCAGGGGCCACACGGAGGUGACGCUGGAGCCAGAUGGACUGUUGGUGUGGGUCCUGGCCGGCGCCCUGGGCCUCAGCCUCGUCUGCUCCCUGGUCUCGGUCCCACUGCAGUCUUUCCAGCUGAACAAGGUCUACGGCGUCUGCCUGCUCCUCUUCUACGUGAGCUUCCUCGUGGUGGCCCUGCUCACGGAAUUUGGGGUGAUUCACUUGAAAAGUGUGUGAGGGGAACUGUGUCCGGGUCCACCUGGUGGUCGGGAGGUGCCACUGCAGGCAGUGAGCUGGAAGAUGGAUGAGGGAAGACAGAGGCGCCUUCCGUGGAGCCGGCGCGGCAUGCGUGGCGGGGAACGAGGUGUGGGCUCCGUGGGCGCCCCUUGCUAACGAUCCCCAGGGGCUGCCGUGUGCAGGGAGAAAUGUUAAGCCUCCCUUCUGAGGCUUUGGAGACUGGGCUUCACCGGGUGGACAGUUCCAGACAGAAGACUUGCUUGCAUGACCUCCAGAGCCUCUCGAAGAUCAGGGUGAGGGGGUGACUGGGUGCCUUCCAGGCUGGUGUUGGAGGACUUUCAAAGUGCUCAGGGCUGGAGCAACUACAGAGACCCGGGCUCCUAGCAUAGGUGUCGCCUGCCGCCUUCCUGCCUCUUCUCGGCCGAAAUGCUGCCGAACCCAGGUGCAGGGGGUCAGGACAGCGGGGCCCCCGUGGACACAGCGCCUGGGUGCGAUGGGCCUCCGGCCACCGUGGGCUGGAGUGGGAGCCAUACCUAAUUCUGAAUGUUC